CAGAAAAUAUAACUGAUAAUUAUGACAAAUUAUAUAUAUAUUCGUAGACAUGUUAUUGUGUAGCUAAAGGGUCCAUCCUUUAGUUAGUUGUCUUACAUCUGUUAUCGACGUAGCAGGGACCCCAUGGCAUAAACUGCUCUUCAUGUGUUUUUUUUUUUUUUUAAGCAAACAGUUCAGGAGCUCACAAUGCAAGAACAUUGUACAACACAGAACAAGCAAACAUAACCAGGGGGAAGUGGACAAAUAAGUCAAUACAAAUAGAAAUAAACUACAACUCGAAAGCAUUACAGUAAUUUAAUGUCUUAAUGGCCUUAUUUUUUCACGCUUUAAUAGUUUUUAUGUACUGUUUAAAUUCUUUAAGAAAAGCGAAAGAAUUGUUUUUUUUUUCCUUAGCAAAUGUGUGUACAUGAUCCUCGUGCUACGAGGGGUCGGGUUACAAAUGUUACAUUGUUUCUGUUUUCCGAGCGAGCGGAACCUGCGUUUCCCGGCCGCGCCGAUAGGUGUCAGUAGAGCGCAGACGCAGGAUAGUUGAGUGCCGCCUCAGUUCAACUGGCCUGCGCUGUGUUUAUAGCUCGUGUCCGGUGUUCAGUAAGUAGAAUGUUCCCGUUACCAUGGAGACCACAGUGACAUUAAUAGAACGGGAAAGCUGCGCACUCACUGAUAUGAAUGAGUCAAAAAAUGAGGACUUAACAGGAAUUUCUAUAAAUUUGUGCGGUCUGGACAAAAUCACCUGCUAAAUGAAUAAGUAAAUAGAAGUGUAUGUGUAAAGACUAGAAGUUUGUUUUAUUUGUAAUGCGUUGGCGCAAUAUCCAAACAAAAAAUCGAGAAACCUUAAAAUAAUAAAAUAUACAAAGGAGUACAAUUGUGUUCUGAGCUUUUCAGCUGCCAGCACAAGGAGAAACCCCCACCUUCAGAUAGUAUGGACAGUGAUACACACUCGGGUCCAGAGCUGGACUACACACACACUGAUACACACGGCAAAAGUGAAUUUGACGUCAAUGCUGAAGCUGAUGCCAGUGGAGAUGAAGCAGAACACAAAGAUGCAUUUAGUGGAGCAGCAGGGAGCCCCGAUGAACGCUUCCGUACGGAAAAAAGAGCACCAUCAAGCGGAAGCACUUCCACGCAGCCCAAGCUGGAGGGAGACCUCUAUGUGCACAGUGUACUGGACUGUGAGUGUGACGCCAUAGUGUGCCAGUUCAGCCCUGAUGGGUCUCUUCUUGCUGUUGGGCUGAACAACGGGACAAUUAAGGUGUUCAGUGUUGACACUGGCAGUGUUGUCCAAGCCCUGAGGGACAGCGAGAGCAUCCUGUCCUCUCUGCCCGUGACAGCACUGCGGUUCUUUGUCAGCUCGCUGUCUCACACCCUCCUGCUGGCCACCUAUGCCAGUGGCACUGUGAAGUGCUGGUAUGUGUGGGGAGGAGAGCUUUUGUGGGAAAUAAGAGAACUCAAAUGGACCGGUGGAUGGGAAGAGGGGCAGAGUCAGAGGCAGACCUUCUCUCUGUCCGUCUCCUCCUCGGGAGAGAAAGCACUCACCGGGGGGUCCGAUGCUGCCAUACACCUGUAUGACCUUCACACUCAUCAGAGACUACUUACUUGUAGUGCAAGUUCUGCAAAGACAGUUAUGGAUGGUCACAGGUUCCGUGUUUUUGCUGUGACCUUCCACCCAGAGAAGGAGAAGGAGUUUAUUUCCGGAGGCUGGGAUAACACCAUACAGUUUUGGGACACCAGACAACAGCACGCUGUCAGGAUGCUCUCUGGUCCACAUAUCUGUGGCGACGCUCUCGAGAUUGACCCAGCGGCCAGUCAGAUUCUUUCCGGAUCCUGGAGGAAAGACAACACCCUCGAGGUGUGGGAGUAUGGUUCCGGGCGAAAAGUGUGCGAGGUGCCUAAUGACCCCCACGGACAAAGCAGAAUCUACACUUGCCAUUGGCUGGGACACGAUCACAUUUUGGCAGCUGGUAGCCAAUCGAAUAUGCUGAGAAUCGUCAACCGCCACACACUGCUGUCCGUUUCCAGGCUGCUUGAUUUGCCAUCAGCCAUCUUCAGUUCCUGUGUCUGUCCUCAGGGAAGGUGGAUGGGGUUCAUUGCGGCCACUUCAGGAAACAGAGUCUUUCUGCUAGACAGGAAAAGCCUUCAGUCAACAAGAUAGGAUUAUGUUCUGUCCCACAGGGAAAAAGGGGGGGAAUCUUGAAAAUUUCAACAA